AGUGUAAGACGGAGCCCUAGUCUGAGGUGGAAUGUGUUAACUGCAGUAAGACAAUCAGACUGUAGAAGCGAGAGCAGGGAGUAAAUCACAGGAGCUGCAACCUCAGAAAAAUGUUCACCCCGCCUCGUCACAAGACAUAGGAAGACCCGCUCUCAGGUGACUCCCGCAAGUGCACAACAAGUAGACCCAGGAGCGGUCGUUACAAAUUCACGGCAGAGCCGAAGGUUUCCGGAUCAUCAGUUAAUGUGUGACGAGUCUCAUGACUUGUGGGAGAGGAUACAGCAGACGCCGACUUUUUAUUUUUUAAAAAGAAGAAGCCAUCCCGUUCUUUAUCACACUUGGCACCGUGUACCAUCGCGGGUACAAAAGACAUGCCGGCGUCGAGCAGUUGUUUCUCCAUGACUCAGUGUUUCUUUGAAUACGAGACACAGAGAAUAGUGGUGAUCAGGAGUAGGAAAGUCUCAUUAAUAAACAGACUCAUUCAGCUGGCCAUACUUUCUUAUGUGAUUGGGUGGGUGUUUGUCUGGAAGAAGGGCUAUCAGGAGUUUGACUCCAUCAUCAGCUCGGUGACCACCAAGGUGAAAGGCAUCGCCCUGACCAAUGCCAGCCACCAGGGACUCAGGGUCUGGGAUGUGGCCGAUUACGUCAUCCCCCCUCAGGAAGAGACGUCCUUUUUUGUGAUGACGAACCUGAUUAUUACUCCAAACCAAACCCAGGGGCUUUGUCCAGAGGUUCUAGAUAAUUCCACUAUCUGCACCUCAGACAGCAACUGCACUGCGGGAUUCACUGAUGUGCACAGCAAUGGUGUCCAGACAGGGAAAUGUGUGAAUUUUUCGGGGGAUGUCCGAACAUGUGAAGUACGAGCUUGGUGUCCGCUUGAAAAUGACUUGAAUUUACCUCGGCCAGCACUUCUGAAAGAUGCUGAGAACUUUACUGUGCUAAUAAAGAACAGCAUCAGAUUCCCCAAAUUUAACUUCAACAAAAGAAACAUCCUGCCACAAGUGAAGACAUCCUAUCUAAAACAGUGCAUAUUUAAUCGGGUCACUGAUCCCAACUGUCCCAUCUUCAGACUGGGCGACAUUGUUCGUGAAGCUCAAGAAGACUUCCAGAAAACGGCAGUGGAGGGUGGAGUGAUGGGUAUCCAGAUUAACUGGGACUGUGAUCUGGACCAGUCGCAGAACAAGUGUGUGCCCAUAUACAGCUUUCGCAGACUGGACAACAAAGACCCUGAGAACAAUGUGGCACCUGGAUACAAUUUCAGAUUUGCAAAAUAUUAUAAAGGUCCUGGAGAAGAAGAGUCAAGAACACUGAUAAAAGCUUAUGGUAUUCGUUUUGAUGUCAUGGUUUUUGGAAAGGCUGGCAGAUUCAACAUUAUCCCAACAAUGAUUAACAUCGGCUCUGGCCUGGCCCUUUUAGGAGUUGCAACUGUGUUGUGUGAUUGCAUUGUCUUGACCUUUAUGAAGAAAAAGACUUUCUACCGACUGAAGAAAUACAAAUAUGUGGAUGACUAUGAACGGGCUGAGGACCUCAUCCCUUAAAAAUAGUCUUCAGGUUUCCAGAAGAAUUCACAGUUUUGGUGGAGCACUUUAUACUAUAGAAGAUGAGCUUCAAUUAAUACUGAAGUUUGAUGACUACUCUACAUAUCUCACUUAAUCCACCUGUUUGGCCAUUACUGUAAGUUGUGUGAAUGAAGUGUGUCUGGUAGAUCAGCUAUCCUUGUGAUAUACUGAUUUAUUAAUGAAUUUAUUAAUGUAGGUUAAUUAAAUUUUACUGUACACUAACACUAAAAAUGUUCUGUUUUGGAGAAACCCUGUCACAGUUUGGUUCACUUUUACAUUUUUAAGGCUGUGUCUUUAUUAAUUCCAUAUGGAACCUGUUAGGCAAUGUUUCAGGGACAUCUCCCAAUGCCACCAGUUUUUGCAGAUUCCACAACGUAUAAAGGAACCUGAUCUGAGAUCUACAGUGUAAGUCUCAGUUACUCCCAGGCAAGUUUCUGCUGCAUGAAAUUAAACAUUUGAUUUGUUAUGUGCUGUUUUUUUCCUUUUUCAUAAUUUACAACAAUUCUAACUAUUUUAUAAUGUUUGAUUAUAUCAAAAUAAUCAAACAUAAAAUAGUCUGGUGUUCCCAUGACCACAAUAUAAACCGAUAAUUUCCCUGAAUUUUAACUUGAGCAUUUCCACGUCAAGAGAAUAAAUAUUGUAUGUGGCUAAGACUCCGCAUCAAAUUCUGCGCAAUGCGAAACAGGCUAAACAAGCAGUUCCAGGUGUUUGUGUGGGCUACCUUUUGUGCUGGGUGUUAUGCCAUUAGCACUGCAUCAGGGGCACUCCUUUAUUGACAACCGGGCAUCGUAACUUAAAAUGCUUUUAUAAAAGACACAAAAAACAACACACUGAAUGGAAUUCUUUAAUGCAUUGAAAUAAUCAACCAGAUAUACAGUAAUAUGUAUAGAAUACUAAAGCACAGGAUGGUUCAACCCAGUUCCCAAAGAGACAGUCAGCUUUUUACAAAUAGAUCCUACAUAAGGUCAUGCAGGGGGUAUUGUUAUUGGUGAAUGUUUUCAGUACUGCAGUUCCUAUGUUGUUCAUUGCACAAAAAUUCUGUGGGCCGAGGUUCAGCAAUUGUAGUCCUAGCUCUUUUGAAACAAAAUGGGAAUUAAUUACUAUAAGUACACGUUAUUCAGUGGCUUGAAUAAUUACCCCUCCCUAAUUCAUAAAA